CGCUUGGUGCUUCUGCUCCUUGGGACUCGAAAUCAUAUCGUUGUCGUCAGUCAGUCAGUUCAGUUCGGGUUUUUUCAUUGCGGAAUUAAACGGACACGUAGCCCAAAACAACAACCAGGCGACAGACCAAGACCAUCCAAGGCGAAGGCAACAGCAACAACCAGAGCCACGGCAGGAGCAGCUGUAACAACAACAGCAGCGCAACAAAUUCAUCCACAGUCGAUGCAAAAAGUUGAUCCGAAAGCCCCCAGCCAGCCGCAAUCGAAUUAUCCCGAAGUAGAACUCAAUUUGCCUGUCCUGUGCGUGUACUGUGCUGUGGGUGCGUGUACGUGACUGUGUGUGUGUGUGUGUGUCUGCGUCCUUGGGGCUGGCUGGUCAGAACGGUAUUAACUCAAACGGUAUCCGAAUCCGAUUCGGGCCAGACGACACUACAGUCGCAGCCAAAGCCAAAGCCAAAGCCAGAGCAUAUUUCCAUACAGCCGCCCACUCAAGAAGUCGCAACGGAAGCAGAAUCAGGCCAGACCGGGGCCAGAAAAUCAAUUUCUAAUUAACACAAGAUAUACAUUAAAGAAAGGCGUACAAGCUGACUAAAAUUUAAAGCAAGAAAAAAUCAUUCAAGCACAAGUACCGAAAAGUGUAGCUGCAGCAACAUCAGCCCAGUCGCUUCCCCCUCAUCCCAGUGUCGUCCCGGUCGUCCCGGUCGUCCCAGUCGCACUCUUCGUUUGGGGUCGCCAUGCUGGACUAGCAGCAGCACAGCAGCACACGCCUGUUGUUGUACCUUGGGACAGAGCCGUGCAACCGUAAAGAGAGAGUACCGUACCGAACCACAUCGGUUCUGCCAGACGCAACGCCGCUGGUUAGGCCUGUCUGUGUGGAGGUGCAACGGGGGCUACAACAAAAGGGGUUUCCAGCAGCAACUGAAGCGAUAACAUAACAUAACUGUGUGUGUGCGUCUAUCGAGUGGUGCUGCAUCGAUAUCCGAUAUAGUCCAGGUUCCAUCAAUCAAAUCAAUCAUCCAUCAUACAACUGCUGGUCUCUCGCUCUCUCUCUAUGUCUCUCUCUGUCUGAAUCUCACGCCUGCCGACAUCUCCAUUCGAAAAAGGCCUAAACCGAAGCAGCGAAGCAAUUUCAUCACAAAAUUAUCAAUAAAAUAAAAUCCAGAGCUAGAGAAAUAAAAACAUAUAUAAAAUAAUAACUACAUCAAGUAAUUAAAGAAUUUUCUAAUAAAGAAAUCUGUGAUUCGCUUAUAAAAAAAAAAAAAAAACAAAAGAUAGAAAGAAAGGAUAAAUACAGCAAUUAUUUUCAUACUACACUUUUUCCAAAAAGUAAAACCAAUAAAAGUCUAUGAUAAAUUCAUAUAAUUUAUUAAACACAUUUUAACACAAAUAAAAUAUAAUAUUAAUAAUUAAAACAAAUAAAUACGGCACACGCAAAAGCAGACACGCCUCGAGGAUAAGGCCAAGAAUAACACCAGCAACCGCAACCGCCGCCGCAACACCGCAGAAGCAGCAGCAGCACCGCACAGAAAUUCACACAAGGUCAACGGAAUUAAUAUUUUUUAAAUGGAAAUCAUUCCUGAAGGUAAACACUUUCGUUUGGUGCAUGAAUCAGAGCUUCCAGAAAUUUUGGUAACUUUAGAACGCUAUCUGCCGGAAUCAUUAAAGUUUCAUCAAACCAUAAAAACGUACCUGAAUGAUCGUAUUUGGGAUUUUAAGUUUUAUGUUGCUAAGGAUUGGCCAGAAAAACCGAUAAUUCUUCAUUUUCCAGGAUGCACGCUUGCGCCGCACAACAAUAUUUACCAAACCCUGGGGAUAUUUUGUCCAUCCGCACACAUCGAGCAUGUAGAUAUGAUGCGCACCGAAGAUGUACUUAUAGAUUGGCAGAAGCCUAUGUACCUGAACUUUACGCACAUCGCCAUUAUGAAUCGCCUGGAUGACUUCUACUCAAAGUUCGGUGUGAUGGAGCGACUCAGUGGUGAUAUCUAUGUGUGCAACAAGCUCAAUGCCGAACUGGAACUGGAGCCGCUGCCGGAAGAUGCGGAGAUGCGUCCGCUGACCCUGGACAAUGUGCAGGGCAUACACGAUCUAUAUCCUGCCAAUGAAAUCGAAUGCGUCCGGCUCUUUGACAUACUCGUGCGCAAGCUGCCCGGCUUGGGGAUCUUUCGCAAGGACACCAGUGAGCUGGCCGCAUGGAUGGUCCACUCGUACUACGGUGCUAUGUUUUCAAUGCAAACACGUCCAGAUUUUCGACGCAUGGGUUAUGGCAUCCGUCUGGCCAAGUCUCUGACGCAGUUGGUCAUCGAGCGUGGCUAUACGCCUUUCGUUGUGAUUCGUCCACAGAAUGAUGCGUCCCGGAAUCUGUACACGAAACUCGGCUACGAGAAGGCCUUCGAAACGUGCCGCGUGCGGAUGACGCCCGACUGCUACGAGGAUAGCACUGUGGGCACCAUAAGUAACUCAUCCUAUGCCAAGUUUCCGCCACUACCUCAGGGGGAGUGCGUCAUUGUUGCGGGGCGCUUGGGCAAGCAUGUGCAUGGCGAGAGCCAGAGCCAGACCGUCGACGAGGGCAUCGAGGAUAUGUUGGCUGAAAAAUGUGAUAUCCGCAGCGACGAGGCUAGAGGGGAGCGCAAGACCACAACCGACGAGGGCAUCGGCGAGGACAAGUAGGAACAGGACGCUGAUUCUCAGAUUCGCAGGUUCUCAGAUUGGGGCGCUAUACCUACGCUAUACUUAUGCUUAAUGCUGUAAGCACCUCUUAGGACUCUUUAGGACAGACAGGACACAGGCACAAACAAAAGUGGCGCUGAUUUUUUAAACGAUUACACAUACAUAUAUCUAUUAAUCUAUUAAUGGAACCUGUACGAAUACGAGUAUAUUUAUAGAUGGUAUAUGAAGCUUCCUCCUCACACAGAACGCGGCGUCGGAGAACGGACAUUUUCGACAGCAGUUAAAGGAUUUAUUUUAUAUGGGGGUAUUGAUAACAAUUCGAGAUCAAAGUCUACGUAGAGAAUGAACGCUGAAGUCCGAAAAUUUUAAAAAAGGAACCGAAGAACAGAGAGAAACUUUUAAUUUUUUGCUAAAAAUGCUUUUACAAAAAUGUACUCCAAGAACGUGGAGCAAGCACAAACAGAAUGAAUGGAUCGUAAAGCAGACCAGACAAAACGAGCGCAUCAAUUUAUUAUAAACUAUUAUAUAUAUAUAUAUAUAUAUAUAUAUUAACUCUAUAUAUCAAAUUGUUAAAUGUACUAAACGAACACAAGAACAACAACUUCUCUCUUCUGGCUCUCCGCGCAAAAAAAAAAACAAAAACACUCUCUGAAUGGGAAGAUACUCCGUAAUUGGGAAUAAAAAAAAAUCAAACAAAUAUUUCGUUUGGGCCAUGGAACAGAGCUUUGCACACGACACGUUUCCUCCUCCUCUUUUUUGACAAUUUAAAGAAUCUAAUACUAUACAAAAAACAUCAAACAUAUAUACAUAUAUAUUUUUCAGAUAUUAUUAAAUACUUGCUGUGCCCAAACGAAAUGCUUUGAUUUUUUGAGACGACAAGAAAAUCUGGAUUUAUAGGCUUUUUUCUAAUUUAUAUAUAUACCCACAAGCCAAGCCCAAUGGAAGGAUAACGAAAGCGAAAACCAAACAAAAAACACAACAAAAUAAAUAUAUAUUUUAUUAUUACGAAAUUUUAUUAAACUAUGCAAACGAGUACUCAAUGAUCAAUGAUUUUUUGCCCCUAUUUAGCUGAACUAAAAAAAAAGAAACAAACCAAAAAAAACACGCCAAAGAUGUCUUCUGCUUGAUUUUAAGAACAUACUUCUCCCCCCCCUACCACUCCUCUCAGAAGAUUGAUUCUAAUUGGAAUCGCUCCUGGGAGAAUUUCCAUUAUAAAGAACUCAAAAUAUAUGCAAGAAAAUCAAAUUAAUGAAAAAGUUAUAUAUUACAAAACUGCUAUAUUGUAUGUACUCGAACAAAACCAAAAACAAA